CAUACCUAAGAUUUUGCAGAUUUAUGCCAUUGCUGUUCAGGCGACCAUCUCGACAGAUGUGUUGGAACUUUUUUGGAGAAGGCCAGCCAGAGAACGGUUGGCAAGUGGUUCGAAGGUCGAUGAGGCGCUGCUAUGGGGAGCUACUUCGAUCUGAGUUCUGCCAGUACAAUCUCCAUGAAGUCUUGAUUGUAAGGACGAUAGAAGGACGUGCGUGAAAGUGCGUGCUUAUGAAUGCCAGGUUUUGCAAGGCACAGCUUUUUCAAUCAGAAAAGAAAGGUUGGGUUGGUUAUCUUCACAGUGGCCCUUGAUUAUGUACACCACAGGGGGAGCACCCACUUUAGCAUGCAUGUAUCACAAACUAUGAGAGCUUGAUUGUAGACACAGGGCCUGCCCCAUCGAAGUUCGAAAGCCAGAUCUCUGCCGUGCAAGAUGGGGAGAAAGCCGAGUCACUCCUCCUCUAGCCGGAGGUCAUGGAGGAGCUACAUUCAUCCUGCAUACUACCUCCGAAAACCGCGGCGGCUUGCUGUCGUCACAAUCAUCUUUGUUCUCUCAAUCUACGUCGUCAUGGAUCAUCACAGCCAACGCACUGAGAUUCAGCAUUUGCAGAAGAAACUUCGUGCACUUGAAGUUGAAAAGCUGAACGCCCUUGACAUGAAUGUGGGUGGGACGCCGUCUGAUGUGAUGGUCGAGAUGGGGAAAGUAGACAAGCUUGUGAAAAGUAAGCCAGCAGAGCCAGUGUCACCAUGGGGGAAGACGGUGGGGAGUGAUGACGAUGCACUAGAUCCAGAUACAAAGAAGAAGCGGGAUGAGAUCCGAGAAGCCAUGGAACAUUCGUGGAGUGCAUACGAAAAGUAUGCCUGGGGCUUCGAUGAGCUGCAGCCCCAGUCAAAGAGGGGAGUAAACCAAUUUGGCGGCCUGGGGGCGACAAUUGUGGAUUCACUGGACACCUUGUUCAUCAUGGGCCUAAAGCCACAGUUCGAGAAGGCCAAAGAGUGGGUCAAAACGUCCAUGAACUUCGACGUCAACUACGACGCCAGUGUCUUCGAGACCACGAUUCGCUGCGUUGGCGGGUUGCUCAGUGCGUACGACCUAUCGGGCGACAGCAUGUUUUUGAACAAGGCCACCGACCUUGCGGACCGGUUGCUUCCUGCGUUCAACACCCCAACCGGUAUCCCUUACAAUACGAUCAACCUUCAGUCGGGACAGGCGUAUAAUCCGGGGUGGACGGGACAGGCAAGCACGUUGGCAGAUUUUGGGACGGAGCAGAUGGAGUUUAUUGGGUUGUCGGAGAGGACGGGGGACCAGAAGUACAGGCAAAAGGUUGAGAAGACCAUCGAUGUUGUCGAGGAAAACUUUCCCGAGGACGGCUUGGUGCCCCUGUACCACGACCCCAACACCGGGCAUGCCACGAUGGACAAGGUCUCGUUUGGAGCGAUGGGGGACAGCUUCUACGAGUACCUGCUCAAGGUGUGGGUCCAGAGCGGGCGGGCGCCCAGCAUGCAGCGGUACAAGACCAUGUGGGACCGCUCCAUCGGCACCAUGCUGUCGGAGCUGAUCCAAAAGUCGACGCCCAGCAAGUACGUGUACGUGGCGGAGAAGCAGGGAGGCGCGCUCAUCCACAAAAUGGACCACCUUGCGUGCUUCUUGGGGGGGAUGCUCGUGUUGGGUUCAGAUGGCAAUCCACGGGCCGACGAGUUCUUGGAAGUGGCCAAAGGGAUUGGGCGCACGUGCUACGAGUUUUACCAGAGCCAGCCCAGCAAGCUGAGCGGCGAGCACUACUACUUUUACGAGGGGCGCGACCUGCAGGUCGGCCACGCGUACAACAUCGGGCGGCCCGAGACGGUGGAGACGCUCUUCUACCUGUGGCGCAAGACUAAGGACCCCAUCUACCGCGAGUGGGGCUGGAACAUCUUCCAGGCCUUCCAGCGCCAGUGCCGCACGCCAUCCGGCUACACCGGCCUGCAAGACGUCUCGAGGGAUCCCCCACAGCAGGACGACAUGAUGCAGAGCUUCUUUUUGGCGGAGACGCUGAAGUAUCUGUACCUGCUGUUUUCGCCCGAUGACAUUAUGUCUCUCGACAAGUGGGUAUUUAACACGGAAGCGCACCCGCUGAAAAUCAAGUUUUCAAAGGUUGAGGACAGUUCCGAGGAGGCGUCUCUUGGUAGGAAGGGUGGGCAAAAGGGCACGUCGUUGAGAGGGGAUGUUGUUGCGUAGAGCAGCGAUACAGUCGUAGAGACACUGCCACGAGACUUUGUUAUUUGGGUGUUGUAUUUAAGGUCUUCUUAUACAGCUCAGCUGUAGCAUGCAGUCCAUCCGCAAAGUCCAGUCCAGUGUUUGAUCAUUUAGGAUCCGGUAAAAGUCCAAGUCACGGAGCUUUGCAUGAAGCUUCGAUAACACCGCAUGUCACAGGGUGCCUUCGAAAAUGUCCAAUUGGUUUGACAACAUCAUUUUCAGCUUUUUGGCGCACUCGAUCAAGCUCAAUAUAAAGUGGUC